UUGAUCGCCCGUCAACAUGCCAAAUCCUGGAUUAUCCAUUUGCAAGAUGAAUCCACAUUGAAUGCUCAUUCCGUUGGCCUGGCUGCACCCUCUUUCAAUGGUACUGCUCAAUGUGCAUUGAAAGGGCAUAUUAUCAUUUUCCCCAUGAACCCUGAAGCUCUGGCCCAAUUUCUGCCUCCGGCUUUGGAAGAAGUCAUUACCCCUCUGUGCAUCAUCUUUGUGGGUCCUAGCCCCCCCUCGAAAGAGUGGCUGUUGAAGAAUGCACGGCCUUUGAUAGUGAGACAGGAGAAAGUACAAAGAGCGCUGGAAUGGCUCAUCCAUCAUAAUCCACUGUAUUCCGACAUCCAACUAGAUGAGGAUCAUUUGAAACAACUACCCAAAUGUGACAUUCCACCAGUACUCAUUCACUCUCACUGUCCCACAGCAGCUGCUAUGGCGUCUGGAUCCCGAUAUGAUCCACACACCUCCGAAGAUGGGGACUGCAGUCCCACAGCUGGUCCUAUCUAUCAAAAUGUGGUGGUAUGUGACAUAGAUAUGCAUGAUGCAAACACUGCUGAAAUGACAGCUGCCACCAUCAGACACCUGAAACGUGCUAAUGGUGAGGUGGGUGCUCACAUCCAAAUCAAACAUUUGCCAAAUCCAGCCAACCACUAUUCUGAUCCCCAUUUGCUCGCUCUCCUCUACCCCACUCUUUUCCCCUUUGGCAUUGGU